AUGGAGCAGACCAAAGAUUUUGACCAGAGGUUGGGAACGGUUCUCAAUCUAGCUUUCCAGCACUCCAGAAACCUCAAAUCCACCUUCAAGUUGUUGAAUAUAUUUGGAACAUUACUUGACAGACCCAGGAUCCACCAGCUGUUUUCUCCAAACUAUAAUGUGGUGUUAUCCUUGUUCAGUGAAGAGAUAGAUCAGUGUCAAUUUAUUCUGGAUCAACACAAAGACCAAUUGCAGUCUGACACAGUCAUUGUUGGGAAAAACAUGCCACCUGUGGCUGGAAACCUUGAGUGGUCUCAAGAACUUCGGAAACGCAUUCUCACAAACAGGCGCAGCCUUUGCCAGCUCGCACAAAUGCCUUUAGGAAGUGCAGAAGCUGAUGAAGUACUACAGCGCUGUGAGCGUAUACUUAGGGUCUUAGACAAACACGACGAUGAACUCUUCCAGGAGUGGACUGUGGGACUGGAGGAAAUGUGUCAAAAACAUCUGCAUGACCCACUGCUAACUUUAGACAGGGAUACAGGAAUGUUCCAGGUCAACUUUAGUCCUGUGUGGUCCAACCAUUUGCACAGCACCAUCCUCGCUGUAGAGCUGGGCUUGGUCAAAGAUGAGAUGAACAGGUCAACGCAGAAGCUGGAGCCCGCUGUGCGAGAACUAACCUGGGCUCAGGAUGAUUUGUGGCCCUACAUUGAGAGCACACGAGACCUUUUCAAAAAUCUCUCCAGUCGGGUCCAGAAGAGCAAAGCUAAUGUGGAGGCCAUCCAAGCUCUCAUGGGCAGAUUUAGUCACCGUGCUUUUAUCACACGAAAAAGCCGCACAUCAACUCUGCUCAGCUUCUCUGACAUCGAAGACAGUGUUACCAAGCAGCACACACUGAUCCGCAAUACCGGAGAGGAAAUACACAAACUAUUGCAGGAGAACCAGUCUCUGCUGGGAGUGGAAGCCUUGGAGAGCUCUGAAUGGCAGGCGUAUACAGACUACGUGGACAGCAUGAUACUAUCAGGUGUCUCUAGUGCAGUGCGCUGUUCCCUGCACUACCUUAUUGAUAACACAGACUCAGAUCAAAACAUCAAAGUAUUGUUUGGUCUCCAGCUGGUUCUCAGUAACAAUGAAAUGACCUUUGAGCCAUGUCUCGACUUUGGACAGACUGGAAACUUUUAUGACAUUGUGGAUAAGAUGGUUACGAACAUCACCAAAAUGGCAUCCUUUAUUCCUCGUCUGGCUAAGCAUAAAAUGUGUGAUAAUUAUCAGAGGGACAUUCAUGAAAUGGAGGAUUUGUCUGAGAUGUGCCGCACCAUCCGUUCAAGGACCAGAGCUGCUAUUACCAAAGUGAAAGAGUACCAAGGAUCAUUUUCUAGUUACCGUUACCUUUGGAAUGAUGAUAGUGUGAGGGAACUCUCCGCUUUCGUCCAUGACACGGCCCGAGGCCUCUCUAAAAAAGUGUCGGAUGGUGACUAUGCUGGACUUGUGGACAUCAUGGGACACCUAAUGGCAAUGAGGGACAGACAGAUAAGCAAUGAUCAGCAGUUCAAACCUUUAAAGUCCACUGCUGAGCUCUUGAAAACCUAUGGACAGCAGCUACCAGACAGUGUAUACAUUCAGCUUGAGGUAAAACAGCAUGAGUUCAGAGAACGCUUUCGAAUGGAAUCUGUUUUCAAAAUAAGUGUAGAGGAAUCAUAUAGAAAAAUUGAUACUUGUCAUCGAGGUGUAGCAGUAAUGGAAGAGGAAAUGAAGAGGCUUCAGGACACAGCAAAUCUGUUUGAGGUUAGCUUUCCAGAUUAUCGGCAGCUUCGACAAUGCCGGUCAGACAUUGUGUUGGUCAAGGCUGUUUGGGAUAUGGUUAUCUUUGUUAAGACAAGUAUCGAAGACUGGACUAAGACUCCAUGGAAGGAGAUCAAUGUUGAACAAAUGGACAUGGAACUCAGACGUUUUGCCAAAGAGAUGAAGCUGUUGGAUAAAGAGGUGCGUGUGUGGGAUGUUUACGUAGGGCUGGAGUCCAAAGUUAAAAAUAUGCUCACAUCUUUAAGAGCAGUGAAUGAGCUGCAGAACUCUGCUGUCAGGGAGCGGCACUGGCAGCAGCUUAUGAACACUACUGGGGUGACAUUUGUGAUGGGGAAAGGCACUACCCUUGGUGACUUGUUGGAGUUACAACUCCAUCGUGUGGAAGAGGAAGUCAAAAACAUUGUAGAUAAGGCAGUAAAGGAAAUGGCUAUAGAAAAGAUCUUGGCAGAAAUAACUCAAACAUGGAGCAUAAUGUCAUUGUCCUAUGAGACUCAUACCAGCACAGGCAUGCCUCUGCUCAAAGCUGAUGAAAAUCUCAUUGAAACAUUGGAGGACAAUCAAGUCCAGCUGCAAAACAUACUGAUGAGUAAGUAUGUGGAGUAUUUCCAGACAGACGUCAGCGGUUGGCAGAGGAAGCUUAUGGUGGCAGACCUGGUCAUCUCGUCCUGGAUGUCAGUGCAGAGGACGUGGGCUCAUCUUAACAGUAUCUUCACCAACAGUGAUGACAUCCGCUGCCAGUUAGCAAGUGAUGCUGAGCGCUUCCAGGGAAUACACAAUGACCUUCAUGUGACAAGGCACUUGUUGAAGUUAUUUGACAAUAUAGCAGACCUACGCUUCACAGACUCCGAGCGAGGUGGAGGCAAAGAGGAGGAGGGGGUGGCGGUGGCGAUUGGCAUGUACAGCCGAGAGGGAGAAUAUGUGCCCUUCUCAGAAGCCUGUGUGUGCGAAGGACAGGCAGAGACAUGGUUAGGUGCUUUGGAGAGCACCAUGCGAAGUACAGUUAGGAAAGAGAUCCAAGAGGCUGUGUGUGCUUAUGAAGACAAACCUCGAGACCUGUGGCUUUUUGACUACCCAGCACAGGUGGGCUUGACUGGAAGUCAGGUGUGGUGGGCCACGGAUGUAGAAAUAGCCUUUGAGAGAGUAGAAGAAGGGUUUGAAACAGCUCUAAAAGACUACAACAAGAAACAGUUUCAGUUCAGCUACGAGUAUUUGGGAAAUACCAACAGACUGGUUAUCACCCCACUCACUGACAGAUUUUAUUUUUUGGGAGAAGAGAUUGAGCUGAAACCUACUGUGGGAAUCUUUAUCACUCUGAACCCAGGUUAUGCGGGUCGAGCUGAGCUGCCAGAAAAUCUUAAAGCACUAUUCAGGCCAUGUGCAAUGGUGAUCCCUGACUUUGAGUUGAUCUGUGAAAUAAUGUUGGUGGCAGAAGGAUUUAUAGAUGCUCGUCUUUUGGCACGAAAAUUUAUAAGCCUGUAUACCUUGUGCAAAGAGCUGUUGUCCAAACAGGAUCACUAUGACUGGGGUUUGAGGGCCAUCAAAUCCGUUCUAGUUGUGGCUGGAUCUCUGAAGAGGGAAGACCGAACCAGGCCAGAGGAACAAUUAGAUGUGCCAAGGAAGAAGAAUCCGGAGCUUGAAAAGGCUAUACGGCAGUCUAUUGGUGAGCUGCAACUUCAACCAGAGGAGAACUUUGUUCUUAAGGUGAAUCAGCUGGAGGAGCUGCUUGCUGUUCGUCAUUCUGUAUUUGUUGUUGGUGGGCCAGGUACCGGAAAGAGUCAGGUUCUCACCUUGGCCAGUAACGAGAGGAUCAGCCUGUCCUCCUCUAUGCGUCUGCUCUUUGAGAUUUCCCAUUUAAAAGCCGCUACACCUGCCACUGUGUCCAGAGCUGGGAUUCUCUUUGUCAACCCACAGGACAUAGGCUGGAGCUCUUAUGUUGCCAGCUGGAUAGAAAUGAGACAAGCCCAGUCAGAGCGGGCAAAUCUCACCAUCCUUUUCGACAAAUAUGUUCCUUAUUGUUUGGAGCAAGUCCGCUGCAACCUCAAAACUAUCACACCGAUUCCUGAAAAUAGCAUGGUUCAGACGCUGUGUUCGUUGUUGGACUGUUUGCUGACCAUUGAGAACACUCCUCCAGACUCCCCCAGAGAACUUUAUGAGAUCUACUUUGUCUUUGCCUGCGUCUGGGCUUUUGGAGGAGCACUAUUUCAGGAUCACCUAAAUGACCAUAAGGCUGAAUUUAGUCGAUGGUGGAGCAAAGAGAUGAGAGCAGUGAAGUUUCCAUCACAGGGCACAGUUUUCGAUUAUUACAUUGACCCAGAGACCAAAAAGUUUACUCCCUGGAGUGAAACCAUAGUGCCCUUUGAACUUGAGCCUGACGUUCCACUGCAGACAGUAUUGGUCCACACUCCAGAAACCAUUUGUCUUACAUACUUCAUGGACCUGUUGCUCCAAAGAGGAAAACCCAUUAUGUUAGUGGGAAAUGCUGGAGUGGGUAAAACUAUUCUAGUAACUGAUAAAGUGUCCAAGCUUAAAGAGGAAUUCAUGGUGGCUAAAGUGCCCUUCAACUACUACACUACCUCUGCUAUGCUUCAACGAGUAUUAGAAAAACCCCUUGAGAAAAAAGCUGGGCGUAAAUUUGCUCCUCCUACUCCCAAGAGACUUAUCUAUUUCAUAGACGACCUCAACAUGCCUGAGGUGGAUGUUUAUGGGACUGUCCAACCGCACACACUGAUUCGCCAGCAUCUCGACUACAACCACUGGUAUGACAGGCAGAGGAUGGUUCUCAAGGAAAUCCACAACUGCCAGUAUAUUACAUGUAUGAAUCCAACAGCAGGAAGCUUUUCAAUAAACUCCAGACUUCAGAGGCAUUUUGCUGUGUUUGCAGUACAUUUCCCAGGGGUCGAUGCAUUAGCCACUAUCUUCUCCAACAUAUUGUCCGCUCAUUUUCUCCAAGGAGGAUUUAGUUAUGGAGUUUCUCGUUCAGUGGGGACGCUAAUACAGGCCGCCAUAUGUCUGCAUCAGAAAAUUAGCCAGAACUUUCUUCCCACUGCAAUACGUUUUCAUUACAUAUUCAACCUGCGAGACCUCUCCAAUAUCUUUCAGGGCAUACUAUUCGCCCUGCCUGAGUGUAUUCGUUACCCCAUGGAGCUGGUUCACCUGUGGUUGCACGAGAGCUCCAGAGUUUACUCUGACAAACUGAUGGAAGAGAAAGAUGUGGAAUUGUUUAAAAAGAUACUCCUUGAUACUGGCAAAAGAUACUUUGAGGGAAUAGAUGAAUCCAUGUUCAUCCACCAGCCACUGGUGUACUGUCAUUUUGCACAAGGACUUGGGGAGGCUCGUUAUCACCAGGCGUCAGACUGGGAGAAACUCCAGAAGACCCUGGCCGAGGCUCUUGAGCACUAUAAUGAGCUGUAUGCAGUCAUGGACCUCGUUUUGUUUGAAGAAGCGAUCCAGCAUGUGUGUCGUAUUAGCCGAAUUCUGGAGGCCCCAUAUGGUAAUGCCCUUUUGAUGGGCGUCGGAGGAAGUGGAAAACAGAGUCUAUGUCGGCUGGCGGCCUUCCUCAGUUCUUUGGAAGUUUUCCAAAUCACAUUGCGUAAAGGCUAUGGCAUCAGUGAUCUCAAGGGUGAUAUUGCUUCCUUGUACAUCAAAGUGGGAGUGAAGAAUAUUGGAACAGUAUUCCUUCACACAGAUGCCCAGAUUCCAGAUGAGCGGUUCCUGGUGCUCAUCAAUGAUAUGUUAGCUUCAGGCGAUAUCCCAGAUCUGUUCAGUGAUGAUGAAGUGGAUAUGAUCGUGACGUCAAUUCGAAUGGAGUUGAGAGGCUUAGGUCUAAUAGACAGUAGAGACAACUGCUGGAACUUUUUUAUCGAGAGAAUAAGGAGGCAGCUGAAGCCAAACAUACGGUCUUCCAUCAGUGAAUUUAUUUCAUUUGCGCACACAAGUGUUAAUGAGGUAAGCGUGAAAUACCAGCAGAAUGAAAAGCACUUUAACUACACCACACCUAAGAGUUUUCUUGAGUUUAUGAAACUCUAUGGCAACCUGCUGGGGAAGAAACGCACAGAGCUGACGCAGAAGAUGGAGAGGUUGGAGAACGGCCUUCAGAAGCUUAAAUCUACUGCGGCACAGGUAGAAGAUUUAAAGGCAAAGUUAGCUGUCCAAGAGGUAGAGCUGUGGCAAAGAAACAAUGACAUUGAGGCUCUUAUUGCUAAAAUCGGACAACAGAAGGAUAAGCUAAAUCAAGAAAGGAUUGUGGCAGAUGGAGAAGAACAAAAGGUUGCUGCCAUCCAAGCUAAAGUUACUAAACAACAACAAGAGACUGAGGAUGACCUGGCCAAAGCUGAGCCAGCACUUCAAGCAGCCAAUGCCGCCCUUAAUACUCUGAACAGGUUAAACCUGACAGAACUGAGGACAUUUCCCAACCCUCCAGUCAUCGUCACCAAUGUCUCAGCAGCUGUUCUGGUUCUGAUGGCUCCCCAGGGACGAAUACCCAAAGAUCGCAGCUGGAAGGCAUGCAAGAUCAUCAUGAGCAAGGUGGAUGAUUUCCUGCAGUCUCUUGUGAACUUUGAUAAAGAGCACAUCCCAGACGCCACAGUCAGGUGUAUAAAAGACGACUACCUCAGUGACCCAGAGUUCAACCCAGACUUUGUGAAGCACAAGUCCUCUGCUGCUGCGGGUCUUUGUGCGUGGGUCAUUAACAUCAUACGCUUCCAUGAGGUUUUCUGUGAAGUUGAAAUGAAGAGGAUCUGUCUCGCUCAGGCUAAUGCGGAUUUAACAGAGGCUGCUGAAAAAUUAGAGGUCAUUCGAAGAAAACUUGCUGAGUUGGAUGGUAAUCUGGAAAGUUUGACCACAGCCUACAAGACUGCCACAUUAGAGAAAGUGCGCUUCCAAGAAGAAGUCAAUAACACAAACAAGACAAUAGAACUAGCUAAUCGUUUGGUAAAAGGUCUAGAGAGUGAGAAUGUGCGUUGGGCCCAUUCUGUGGCCCAGUACCGGGAACAAGAGGAAACUCUCUGUGGGGACGUGCUCCUUACUGCAGCAUUUAUCUCUUAUGCCGGAUCAUUUUCUAAGAAGUACAGAAGAGAACUGCUGGAGAAUAUGUGGAUGCCAUUUUUAAAAGAACAAAAGACAACCAUUCCCAUGUCACAAGGCUUAGAUCCGGUGUCCAUGCUGACGGAUGGCGCAACGGUAGCCCAGUGGAACAAUGAAGGCUUACCUGGAGACAAGAUGUCUACUCAAAAUGCAACCAUUCUUACAAACUGUGAGCGCUGGCCUCUUCUCAUUGACCCCCAACUACAGGGAAUAAAGUGGCUAAAGAGCCGUUUUGGCAACGCGCUUAAAGUUGUGAGUCUUGGACAGAGAGGUUAUGUAGAUGUUAUUGAGCAAGCUGUUGUGGCUGGAGAAACUGUCCUCAUUGAAAAUCUGGAAGAGACUAUAGACCCUGUUAUUGACCCUCUACUGGGGCGGCACACUAUCAAAAAGGGGAGAGACGGGCUGGAGGACCAGCUUCUGGCUCAGGUGGUCAAUCAGGAGAGACCGGACCUUGAGCACUUGAAGAGCGAACUGACCAAACAACAAAACAUGUUUAAGAUUGAGCUGAAGCUCCUGGAGGACGAGCUGCUCACGCGGCUCUCGGCUGCAGAGAGCCAUUUCUUGGGUGACAAUGUUUUGGUGGAAAAGCUGGAGACCACCAAACACACCGCUGCUGAAAUUGAGAUGAAGGUUCAGGAAGCUAAAGUUAAUGAGGUUAAGAUAAAUGAAGCUAGGGAACACUAUCGACCGGUUGCUGUCAGAGCCUCUCUUCUCUAUUUCAUCAUGAAUGACCUGAACAAGAUUAACGCCAUGUAUCAAUUCAGCCUUAAGGCCUUUAAUGUAGUGUUCCAUAAGGCAGUGGAGACAGCAGAGAAGAGUGAAGAUGUAACGAGCCGUGUGAACACACUCAUAGACUGUGUAACUUACUCUACUUUUAACUACAUCAGCAGAGGGCUGUUUGAGAGGGACAAACUCACCUUCACUGCCCAGCUGGCUUUCCAGCUCCUCCUGUUGAGCAAAGAAAUAGAUGUACGAGAGCUAGACUUCCUGUUACGCUUCAACAUUGACCAUAUUUAUGCCAGCCCGCUAGAAUUCCUCUCCAAUUCAGCAUGGAGCGCUAUUAAGGUCAUGAGUUUUACUGAUGAGUUCCGAGGUUUGGAUCGAGAUAUUGAAGGUUCACCUAAACGAUGGAAGAAGAUCGUAGAGUCUGAGUGCCCAGAGAAGGAGAAGUUUCCUCAGGAGUGGAAAGGCAAAAGUGCUUUGCAGAAACUGAUCAUCAUAAGAGCUAUACGCCCAGAUCGCAUGACUUAUGCCUUGAAGAAUUUUGUUGAGGAGAAACUUGGUAUGAAGUAUACAGAGGGCCGGAAGACAGAACUCGUAAAGUCUUUCAGAGAAAGUGAACCGGCCUCACCUGUUUUCUUUAUCCUCUCUCCUGGUGUGGAUCCACUUAAGGAUGUGGAGUCACUUGGAAAGAAACUGGGUUUCACUAUUGACCAUGGGAAACUUCACAAUGUGUCUUUGGGUCAAGGCCAAGAGGCUGUUGCUGAGAUUGCCAUGGAACAAGCUGCAAAGGAGGGACACUGGGUUAUACUACAGAACAUCCACUUGGUUGGGCGCUGGCUAGGCUCCCUGGAGAAACUGUUGGAACGCUGCUGUGAGGGCAGUCAUCCUGACUAUAGAGUUUUUAUGAGUGCAGAGCCAGCACCAUUGCCCCAAGAGCAUAUAAUUCCUCAGGGAAUUCUAGAAAAUGCUAUAAAGAUCACCAAUGAACCUCCCACAGGGAUGCAUGCAAAUUUACAUGCUGCUCUUGAUAACUUUGACCAGGAUAUCUUGGACCAGUGCAGUCGGGAACAGGAGUUCAAGACUAUCCUCUUCUCCCUGUGUUACUUUCAUGCCUGUGUGGCGGAGAGGAGGAAAUUUGGACCCCAGGGCUGGAACAGAAAGUACCCUUUUAACACUGGAGACUUGACCAUAUCAGUAAAUGUCCUCUAUAACUAUUUAGAGGCUAAUGCACAGGUGCCCUGGGAAGACUUGAGAUAUCUCUUUGGAGAGAUUAUGUAUGGUGGACACAUCACAGAUGACUGGGACAGGCGGCUUUGCAGAACUUACUUGGAAGAAUACAUGCAGCCCAACCAGUUUGACAGAAAGCUUUCUUUAGCGCCGGGAUUUGUUGUACCUUCUAAUUUAGACUACCAGGGCUAUCACGAUUUUAUUGAUGAGAUGCUGCCCCAUGAGAGCCCAGCGCAUUAUGGGUUACAUCCAAAUGCAGAAAUAGAUUUUCUAACUGUGACAUCAGAUGCCCUUUUCCACACUCUCCUGGAGCUCCAGUCUCCUGAUGCAGUGAUGGGCGAAGGAGUCUCACAGACCUUGGAGGAGAAGGUCAAAUCUAUCCUAGACGAAGUGUUGGAGAAGCUCCCAGAGGAAUACAAUAUGUCUGACAUUACAUCAAAGACAGCCGAGCGCUCCCCGUACAUUCUGGUGUGUUUUCAAGAGUGUGAGCGCAUGAACUCUUUGAUCUCAGAGAUCCGCCGUUCACUAAAAGAGCUUGACUUGGGACUCAAGGGGGAGCUUGCAAUUUCCUCUGAAAUGGAGAAGCUCCAGACUGCUUUAUUCUUUGACAAGGAACUCGACAGCUGGACUCAGGACCUGUCUCUGCCCAGUGUCGUGUGGCUCUCUGGACUCUUUAACCCACAGUCAUUCCUCACAGCUGUCAUGCAAUCCCUGGCUCGGAAGAAUGAGUGGCCACUAGACAAAGUGAAUUUAACAGUGGACGUGACCAAGAAAUUUAAGGAAGAGUUCAACCAGCCUGCCAGAGAGGGAGCUUAUGUCUAUGGACUGUACAUGGAAGGAGCCAGGUGGGACACUCAGGCUGGAGUGAUCACAGAAGCUCGAUUAAAGGAACUGACUCCAGCGAUGCCUGUAAUUUCUGUUCGAGCCGUUCCCAAUGACCGCCAUGAGACCAGGAAUAUCUAUGAGUGUCCUCUCUAUAAGACUAAGAUCAGAGGCCCUACCUAUGUGUGGACUUUUAGUUUGAAAACAAGGGAACGACCUGCCAAGUGGGUCCUGGCUGGAGUCGCUCUUCUUCUCAGUGUGUAA